UACCUCCACAUCAACCGACAACCUACAUCACAUCAACCUCCACAUCAACAUCAACCUCCACUCAACCACAACCACAUCAACAACUACCUCCCAGCAACCACAACCACAUCAACAUCAACCUCCCAUCACAGCAACAACCACAUCAACACCUACCUCCACAUCAACCACUACUUCCACAUCAAACCACAACCACAUCGACGACCACAACCAGCAUCACACUACCUCCACUAUUCCACACAACAACAUCCACCACAACCACAUCCAACUACCUCCACAUCAAACCCACACACACAACACUACCUCCACAUCACCACUAUCAACAUCACAAGUACCUCCACUCAACCAACCACAACCACAUCAACGUCAACCCCACAUCAACAUCAAACCUUCCACUUUCAACCACAACCACCUCAACCACUACUCCACCGAUCAACAUCAACCUCCACAUCAACCACAACCACAGCAACCUCCACACAACCACAUCAACCACAUCAACAAGUUAACUCCACAUCAACCCAACGACAUCACAUCAACCUCCACAUCACUACAACCACAUCACAAGCCUAACUCGACAGUGUCAUCAUCCACAAGUCCUCACAGAUCUCGUCCAGGUCCUUCUCGUCCUCUCGUCCUCGAAUUUGUCUGGGUCUACGGCGUCUGGCAGGCGGCGUCCUCUCGCUUUGAUGCCCUCUGA